GGUCACGCCUCACAGCUCCUGGUCCCGGUUGGAGCUGCCCUGAGUGACCGUUGCUGGAGAGACAUCUGGAGAGCCCUGGCCCAGAGUCGGCGAGGCAGCGGCCUCUGCCAUGGCCCAGGCUUCUCGGCUGGAGAAGGAGAUGCUAGUGUGAGGGAAUCAGGCCCCCCGGCGUCGGCCCCUUUGCCUGGGCCAGCUUCUGUGACGUGGGCACCUCCACUGGACCCCCUGGGCAGGCUCCAUGGAAUUUUCUGAACUUCUGGACCAAGUGGGUGGCCUGGGCAGGUUCCAGGUUCUCCAGAUGGUGGCUCUGGUGGUCCCCAUCAUGUGGCUGACCACUCAGGGCAUGCUGGAGAACUUCUCAGCCGCCGUGCCCAGCCACCGCUGCUGGGUACCCCUCCUGGACAACAGCACUGCCCAGGCCAGUGUCCCCGGGCCCCUGGGCCCCAAGGACCUCCUGACCGUCUCCAUCCCCAUGGGCCCCAACCAGGAGCCCCACCAGUGUCUCCGCUUCCGCCAACCACAGUGGCAGCUCCUGGACCCCAAUGCCACGGCCACCAACUGGAGCGAGGCUGCCACGGAGCCGUGCGUGGACGGCUGGGUCUACGACCGCAGCACCUUCACCUCCACCAUCGUGGCCAAGUGGGACCUGGUGUGUGACUCCCACGCCCUGAAGCCCAUGGCGCAGUCCAUCUACCUGUCCGGGAUCCUGGUGGGAGCUGCCGUGUGUGGACACACCUCCGACAGGUUCGGGCGCAGGCUGGUGCUGACCUGGAACUACCUGCAGAUGGCCGUGUGGGGCACGGCCGCCGCCUUCGCCCCCACCUUCCCCGUGUACUGUCUGUUCCGCUUCCUGGCGGCCUUCGGCGUGGCAGGCAUCAUGAUGAACACCAGCACCCUCCUGAUGGAGUGGACGUCGGCACGCGCCCGAGCCUUGGCGAUGACCUUCAACUCCCUGGGCUUCAGCUUCGGCCAGGUGCUGAUGGCCGCCGUGGCCUACGGCGUGCGCGACUGGGCUCUGCUGCAGCUGGCCGUCUCUGCCCCCUUCUUCCUCUGCUUUGUGUACUCCUGGUGGCUGGCAGAGUCUGCCCGAUGGCUCCUCAUCACAGGCAGGCUGGAGCGCGGCCUGCGGGAGCUGCGGAGAGUGGCUGCCAUCAACGGGAAGAGGGCGGUGGAGGACACACUAACCACCGAGGUCUUGCUCUCAGCCAUGCAGGAGGAGCUGAGUGUGGGUCAGGCCCCUGCCAGCCUGGGUGCCCUGGUCUGCACACCUGGACUGCGCCUCCGGACCUGUGUCUCCACUCUGUGCUGGUUCGCCUUUGGCUUCACCUUCUAUGGCCUGGCUCUGGACCUGCAGGCCCUAGGCAGUAGCAUCUUCCUGCUCCAGGUCCUCAUUGGGGUGGUGGACAUCCCGGCCAAGAUUGGCUCCCUGGUGCUGCUGAACCGUCUGGGCCGCCGGCCCACCCAGGCGGGGUCCCUGGUGCUCUCGGGGCUCUGCAUCCUGGCCAACAUGCUGGUGCCCUACGAGAUGGGGGCCCUGCAUUCAACCCUGGCUGUGCUGGGACUCGGGGGCUUGGGGGCUGGCUUCACCUGCAUCAGCGUCUACACCGGUGAGCUCUUCCCCACCGUGCUCAGGAUGACCGCGGUGGGCCUGGGCCAGAUGGCAGCCCGUGGGGGAGCGAUCCUGGGGCCUCUGGUCCGGCUGCUGGCCGUCCUCGGCCGCUCGCUGCCCCUGCUGGCGUAUGGGGGGGUCCCCGUGCUGAGUGGCCUGGCCGCGCUGCUGCUCCCAGAGACACAGAGCCUGCCGCUGCCCGACACCAUUCAAGAUGUGCAGAACCAGACAGUAAAGAAGGCGACACACAGCACCCCAAGGCCCACUGUCCUGAAAUCCACGCACUUUUAAGCCUCCUGGGAAUUCUGCGAGGCGACGCCGGGAGGAGCACGUUCUGUCCUUCGGAGAAGCAGGAUGGCAGAGGCUGCCGUCUCCAGAAGAGGGUCCCGGGGCUGCCCCUCUCUGCCUAAGGAGCCACCUUCAACAGGGAAAGGGCGGAGGACGGCUUCCCUGGCUGGGGGCUGCCCCGCGCACCCUCAGGGGACCCUCUCUCACGACUGCGAGAAGCGGGACCCGCUGGAACCUGUCCACCCCCUGCUCCCCACCUCACGGCGCAUGGCCCCACGCUGUCCACUGCCCCCCCCAUCACCCACGGUCAAAACUUCCCCAGCUCCUCCCACUGCCCCCAGGGCCCUGCACAAGUCUCAGCUCCUCCGCUGUUGCUAAAAGGGAGCUCUGCCAACCCCCCCCCCAUCUUCCCUCUCCACAUUCCAGCCACAGGACCAAUCCUUCCUGCCCCUUCUCUACCUGACAAAGUCCCUCCGAGACCCAGGGCAAUGGCCUCCUUCCAGGGGCCCAGGGCCCAGCCCGAGGCCCUAGUGAAACCCGUACCCACAGCGUGGCCCCACACCUGACUCCUACCCCGCCAGCCUCAGAGUCUCCAGAGGGUUGGGUGGUCCGCUUACCCCUUGACCCCAGCUCCCACACAGAGCCUGGCAGGAGGGGCAUUGGUGCGAGGCAGACAAAAGAGUGA